ACCUCCAACCCAGAGAAGAAGCCAAUAGAGGGUGAGAGAGACCCGACUCGAAGGCGGACAAGAAGAACGCCGACCCCCGCCUCACUCAGAUGGUGGCGAACAGGGCUGGAGAUGGAUCGCGCGGCUCUGUGCAUUCAUUCCGUCCUCUCGACGGCGAUGCGCUUCGUCUCAUAUGCCCUGAUGCGAAUUCUUUGGCUACUUAAAGAUUGUAUCCCUUCGGAGAUAAUGGUUGUCUUUAGGUCUUGCCUUCUGUAAUCGCUGCUUCGAUCGCGCUUGUUGGGUGAUUCACCAUCUAUCCAAGAAGUCAUCCUGGGAGGAAUAGCAAUUGCAAGAAAGAUAUGGAGGAACAACCUCACCGCCACCAAAAGAAGAAAAGAAAUUGCCAUCAUCGUCGCCUCUCUCUUCUAAUUCUUCUUCAUGUUGUAGGAAUCGAGGGCGACAUCCAAGGAGCGUUGGGAAAUCAGUCACCCAAGAAAAGUCGAGGCCAGUUUGCCAGACCUUGCGGGCAUCAUCGUCGAGACUACAUCCAAGGUUGAUGAUCCGCAAACGUGUACUCAUUACGCGACUGAUAUCUAUGAUUACCUCAGAUCAUUGGAGGAAGUUCAUUCUAUGUGGUCAAGAAGAUUGCGAAUUUUCAAGCCAGCUGUUAGAGUUUCUAGGAAGCUACCUCGGUGAGUUGAGUUUGAUAGACUAUGAUUUGCAGCUGAACGAGAAAGCAAUCCGAUGGAAGACUACCAGAAUACAAUACAAGCAGCCUCAGGUACAUGUCUUUCAAGCAAAAAAUACUUCUAUGUGAUGGAUACAUGUACAACAAUCUUGAUCUCAUUGCAUCUGUCUGACUGUGUUCUUCUGCCUAUUGAUACCUCUCGCAUCUUAAAAUUAAAGGUGUGUUUGAGUCCCUCAAGAUAGCCCCAAAGAAUGCUAAUGUUGACACAGAAUAUAAAAUUGCGCAUGAUUUUGAACAAUCCAUUUUUCUCUCCCAUGAGGGAAUUCUCUAGGGGUUCCAUCACAGCCUGCAGACUAAGAGCCUCUAGUUUAGAAACGCCAAACCCACAAAAAAGAGAAUACCAGAAAAUACACAAGAAGCAUAGCCUCAAGUAUGAAGCUAUGUUGCAGGGAACUACCAGAAAUUUGCAUGGGUCUCCAAGUGAGAACCCAAUGUUCAUAGCUGCUUUAUUAGACAUUUUUUUCUCAGCGUGUUGAUUAUACUUAGCAUUAAAAUAAGAAUCGUGUCUAUUUGUAUUACAAUUAGCUUUAACCAUUUUGUCAUUUUUAAUCACUGGCAUGUGUUUCUUUGUCAUCCGUUUCAACUUCUACAAUUGGUGAUUUUUCCUUCCAACUUCUUGCUUUACAUGAUGAAGUUUGACAUAACAUCUGUGCUUGAAUUCAUUUCUCAUUAUUAUAGUAUUGAGAUGAUUUUUGUUUUUGUUUUGGCUGGCAGCUGUUAAUUUAGUCCUUGUUAGUGAUUGAUCCAAUUAGAAUUUCUACUGAACACAUUCUCCCCUUAUAAUUCGAUCAUGGAUCUGUUAUGUUUGAAUUCUAAAAAUUAUUUGAUCAUACUAUUAUUAUUCACACUUCAAAGCCAAACCAUCUGACAAACGCUAUAAUCUGUUUAUAUAAUGGACUGUGAUUUCAGUUUACAUUGCUUGUUUCUUGCAAACUAGCCAGGUGGCAGUCAGUUGGGUUUGACAUAUCUGAAGAAAUACCUAAGGUUAGUCUCGAGAAGGCAUCGCAUCAUAAACUAUCUAUUUGCGUUGUGAGCGAAUAGAACUUAAAAGAGUAGCAAUUGUUCGAUCGAAGUUAAUCUUGAUCUCGAUAGUUACUUCGAGAAAGUUAGUUUCUAUCAGGUUGUUACGUUUUACUAUUUUGUGAAACCAUUUCCAAAUGGAUCUAAUCAGUAAUUCUUUAAUAACCUUAUUGGGGGAUUGAAGAUGCCUGCAGGGGAGCCCAUACUGAAGCUGACGUGGCUCCAUCGUGGGAGAACCAGCAUCGGAAAGCUUUCUGACACGGACCGGUCAAGAAGAUGGCAAAGGGAAUCAAGAAACAAGAAAUAUAAGGAAAGGCAACACCAGAUCGCCGGUCCUCCAUCGUUUGGGUUACAUCCAAGGAGCGCCGACAAUGGAUCAGUCCCCCAAGAAAGACGUGGCCAGGUCGCCCGACUCCCACGCCGCCUCUCAGGAAGGAGAUCUCCCCUCCACCACUGCGGGCCGCGUCCAAGGAGUGUCGGGGGAUCCGUCUCCCAAGAGAGACGUGGUCAUGUAGCAGGACGUCCGUGUUACGCCCCAGGCACCGAGUGCCACCCCGUCCAUCACUGUAGAGCACAUCCAAAGAGCGCCGGGGGUUCAGUCUCCCAAGAAAGAGGUGGCGAAGCCGGACCUCCCCGUCAUGUCGCAGGCAGGGACUGCCCCCUCCACUGCUGCCGACUGUAUCCAAGGAGCGUCGGGUAAUCAGUCCAGCCAUAAGAAAGAUGGCACCGGACCGCCGGACAUCCUCGGCACCUUCACUGGCGGAGCCUGCCCCCUCGAUCUCUGCGGAUUGCACCCAAGGAGCGUCGGGAGAUCAAUCUUCCACGAAAGACAAUUCCAGGCCGUCGGACCUCCCUGGCACCUCCCAGGCGGUGACUGCCCCCUCGACCUGUGCGGAUUGCACCCAAGGAGCGUCGGGAGAUCAGUCUUCCAAGAAAGCCGAUUCCAGGCCAUUGGACCUCCCUGGCACCUCUCAGGCGGCGACUGCCCCCUCGACCUGUGCGGACUGCAUCCAAGGAGUGUCGGGAGAUUAGGAUUCCAAGAAAGACGAUUUCAGGCCAUCGGAUCUCCCUGGCACCUCUCAGGCAGCGACUGCCCCCUCGACCUGUGCGGACUGCACCCAAGGAGAUUACGUAGAUGUUGAUGAUUCGCAGAUGUGCAUACCUUACGUGUCUGAUAUCUAUGGUUACCUCAGAUCAAGGGAGUUUCAGGUGAAGCUGAGGCCAUUAAUGAACUACUUGGAGGCAGUUCAGAUCGGAAUCACAGCCAUGAUGAGGAACUACUUCCGUCUGCGCUCAGAUAUCCUUUGCCUUGCUGUCUCUUACGUUGAUAGAUCCCUUUCCUCAUUCACCGUUAUAGGAGCUCGUCUUCAACUGCUUGGGGCUUCUGCAAUUUGCGUUGCAUGGAAUGUUAUUUGUCUCAAGAUCCUCUCUCUCUCGCUCUCUCUCUCACUUUUUCUUUCCCCCUUGAAUAUCUUUUGCUGCGUCAUUUGGUCAAAUGCAUGCAGGAAGUACGCAGAGCAGAAAAACCCUGGGAUGAAACACAUGUGCCAUAUAGCUCAUGAUGUUUACCGGAAGGACGAAGUGUUGAACAUGGAGAUCAGCAUUAUAAGACAUAUGAGAUUUGAUAUGGGCAGUCCCACGGUCAAGACAUUUCUCGUAUGCCCUUUCUCGAGUCCUUCUAGUGUCAUGAGAUUUUGCGCAGCGUUAAGCGUCUGGAGAUUCACACAGGCUGGUAGAGACGAUGGCAAAUACUUGUAUGCGAACUUAGAAUUCCUGGCAAGCUACCUUGGUGAGUUGACUCUAAUGGACUAUGGCUGUGUUUGGUUCUUGCCAUCGGUAGUUGCAGCUUCUGCUGUUUUCGUUGCUAGAUUCACGCUCGAUCCGAGAAGUCAUCCCUGGAGCCAAAACUUGAAACCGUGCACUCGUUAUGAUGUGAUUGAUCUCAAGUUUGCAUUUCAUGAUUUGCAUUUGAACGAGGAAACAUCCCACUAUAUGGGCAACAGAUACAGAUACUGUCGCGACGAAUGCGUGUGUGUAGCCCCUUACCCUGAAAUACCUGCAACCUACUUUGACGAACCCAGGGUAGUUUCCCUGAGAAGGCUGAAUGAGAUGUUAUUGUGGGUUGCCAAUCAUUCCAUGUGA